CAGGUUUAGAAAAAAAAUCGCGAGUACUUUCUCCAGAAGAAAAGAAAACAGUAGCAUAUCAUGAAGCAGGACAUGCAGUUGCAGGAUGGUUCCUCGAACAUGCGGACCCUUUGUUAAAAGUAUCAAUCAUUCCUAGAGGUAUUGGAGCACUUGGGUAUGCACAAUACUUACCAAAGGAUCAAUAUUUAUAUUCAACAGCACAAUUGCUAGAUCGUAUGUGUAUGACAUUGGGUGGACGAGUUUCAGAACAGAUCUUUUUUAAUAUAGUUACUACCGGUGCUCAAGAUGAUUUGCAGAAAGUAACAAAGAUGGCAUAUGCACAAGUAUCAGUUUACGGUAUGAAUUCUAAUGUAGGCCCUUUAUCCUUCCAUAAUCCAAAUGAAACAGAACCACAAUUUCAGAAACCAUAUUCUGAAGAGACAGCCAAAAUGAUUGAUGAAGAAGUUCGUAAAUUAGUAUCAUUAGCUUAUAAAAGAACAAUGGAACUACUUACAGAAAAAAAGAAAGAUGUUGAGAAAGUAGCACAACUUUUAUUGUCAAAAGAAGUACUAAAUAGAGAGGAUAUGAUAUCAUUAUUAGGAAAAAGACCAUUUACAGAAAAAAGUUCUUAUGAUGAUUAUGUUAACCCAAAAGACGAAAACACACCAUUACCACCACCGGCGGAAAAAGAUGGUCACGCACAGCCAUCGUCUAAUGCACAGUAA